AUCUGUGAUUUUAUGUGUGUUCUCUUACUCUUGAACUUUAAAAAAAAUUCAAAAAUUUUCUGUAUGGGGAGAAUAUUAUUAACAUCCAUAUUUAAUUCUUAAAAUCUAUACAUACCAUACAAAGAUGUAGUUACACUCCCUGUACAAAGACAGUUAGUGCCAUCUUUGGCCUAGUGUUAAAAGUUUUGGCUGUAUAGUCAUGCAAGCCUGUGUUGAGUCUUGGGCAUUGCCACUUAUAGCUGUGUGACCUUGGGUAGGUUUCUUAACUUCUGUGAGCCUUAUUAUCUACAACUGUAAAUAUAGGAAUAAUACCUCUUUGAGUUGUCCUGAGGAGUGGAAUGAAUAAAUGUGAAAUAUCUAACUCAAAUAAUAGCAGUUACUUGUAUAACUUCUGUGCCAGACAAUUUAUUAACUCAGUCCUUAUAACAGUUUUAUGGAUUAUGAAAUUUGUACUGUAACUUUCCUCAUUUUUACAGGUAAAGAAACUGAGGCUGAUAAAAGGUUAUAUAACUUAACCAAAGUCAUACAGUCAUACAUACAAAGUAGAUAGUAAGCACUCAACUAAUGCUGACUGUUUAUUUUUUUAAAAAAAAGACUUAGAGUAAUAUAGCCAGUUCUCAUCUUUUGCUAUAGUGAAAAAUGAAUCUGAAUGUAGAUCACUAUAUAGCAUAUUUUGUUUCUUUGCUGGAAAAAACAUUGAUUGAAGGAUUGUGUUCCUCACCAAGGGCUGAGGAUCACAUAAUUUGUAAAAGUAAUAAUGUCCAUUUAUUGAAUGCUUGCUGUGAACUAGACACAGGGCUAAGUACUUUACUUAUACUACUUCAUUUAUCCUUCCCAACAGUCUUACAGAAAGCUGAGGCUCAGAGUGAUUUUAAGUGACUUGCCCAAGGUUACACAACUAGCAGGGACUCUCAAAACUGGCUCUAAAGUCUGCUAUUAACCACUAGUUUAUGUGCCUUGUGUUAAAUAUGACUAUAGAUUUCUCUAAAAAGAAAGGCAACAGCUUCAAUAAUUUUAAAUAGGAAAAAAGUACUCUCAUAGUUUAGAACUAGAAGUACAAUAGGCCCUCUGUAUCUGCAGAUUCCAUAUAUGCAGAUUCAAGGAAACUCAGAUCGAAAAUAUUCAAGAAAAAAAUUCCAGAAAGUUCCAAAAAGCAAAACUUGAAUUAGCUGUGCACUGGCAACUAUUUACAUAGCAUUUACAUUGUAUUAGGUAUUAUAAUUAAUCCAGAGAGGAUUUAAAGUAUAUGAGAGGAGGAUGUACAUAGGUUAUAUGCAAAUACCAUGCCAUUUUAUAUAAGGGACUUGAGCAUCAUUGCAUUUUGGUACGAAGUGCCGUGUCCUGGAACUAAUCCCCCAGGAUAUCAAGGGAAGACUGUAAACAGCAAUUUCCCAGAUCUAUGGUCUUGUAGGCCAAACCCAGCUUGCUUCUGGUUUUGUAAAGUUUUAUUGGAACACAACCACACUCAUUACUUUAUUAUCUGUGGGUGCUUUCCUACCACAAUGGCAUAGUUGAGUAGUUGGGACAGUCUCAGUGACACAUAAAGCCUGAAAUAUUUACUGUCUGGCCCUUUACAGAAAAAGAUUGUUGACCCCUGACCUAGACCAAUGCUGUUCUUUUAUAAAUGAAGAAAUUGAGACAUGAGAGAUUAGGUAACUUCCCAAUAAUGCAGUAGUUAAAAUCCAAUUCUGAUACCUAACUCACUGUUUUUUCUCCUAUACCGUGCUACUUCUUAAGUCCUAUAAAAUCAACAAGUGUACCAUAUAAUCAUUAUAUAAGGGACUUUAAAGUAUUAUAAAAUGUUUAUAAUAUAUAGGAAUAUUUAACCUAGUUAAAACAGAAUGCUAGCUAUAAUAAGAGUAAACAUUUAGUCAUUUCUCUUUCUUUCUUAGAAUUUGAAGAGCUUUGGGAUUACACUUUGUAUAGCCCAUGCCUUAAAGUUCUGCAGCCAGCUUUAAACUUAUAUUUCCUUAUUUUCCUUCACAAAUUUCUCUGUAAAAAAUAGAGACUUUGGAAUUGUUUCAUUAAUUGAUUGUAAACAGCAGUUCAAGUUAGAAACCUAUCACAUAUACAUCUAUAAAAUACAGAUCAUACAGUUUGUACCUAGCUUCUUCUACUUACCGUUACAUUAUCCGUGGAAGUUUUUAAGCAUUGAGGUGAUGUGUUGAGAUUUGAAUUUGGGAAUGAUAACUGGCAGCAGUAAGAAGGAUGUAUUGGGGAGAGAAGAGGCUGUGGGGAGGCUAUAAUAAUAACUGUGAGAUGAUGGGGCCUGUGACUAAAGUGGUGUGGCUGGAGAAGCAAGGCCAACAAUAUGAGAAAAAUUUAGGGAGGAGAAUGUAUGAAACUUGGUUAUAGUUGGAUAAAGUGGAAUGGGAGCUUUGAGUACAUGUGAGCUAUUGCAUUCAAUGGGCAGCCCUCUUGAUCACCAAGGCUAGUUUAGGCUCUCCCAUAUUAUCCAGCAUAUUUUUCUACUAUUGCCUUUACCACAUUAUUAUUAUCACCUGUUUGUGUCCCGUCUAGAUGAUUCAAGCUCCUUAAUGUUGGGAAUUAUGUCAUGUCUUAUUCAUCUUUUGGGGGGACAGAUUACUUUAAAAAAUUAGAUUAUGCUUUUGCAUACAUUUUUUUUUUUAAAAAGAAAAAUACAAGAGAUAGAUUGGUUAAGGUAUUCCUAAAUUUCUUCACAUUUAGGAUCUGACUCUUGAAGCAUUUUAAUGAGUCCCUUGUUUUUCCAUUCAUUAUAAUCUCAUCCAUCUAGAGGAUUGAUGAUGCAGCCUUUCUUAAGUGUGCUGUAUCAUCUUCUGAGGGAUUUUCGUCUAGGCCACUAACAACACCAUUCCUCAGAUUUUAAUGUGGAUACUUUCUUGGUGUAAUACAUGUUAUUUUUGCAUGUAUCUUAGUAGCAAAACAUAAUACAGCCUCACCUAUUGUGGCUACUUGCCUUGCUUGAGUCCCAUAAAGUAGUGCUUUUCAGACGCUGUAGUGAAAAACUAGUCUAUGAACUAAUACUUUGGUAAAGACAACAAAAAUAAAUUACUGGAAAAAUGAAAUGAAAAAAAGGACACACAAAAUUCAAACUUCAAUUUUUUAUGAAAUUCAACAGACAUAAAAUUACUUUCAAAUAUAGUUUUGCUAUCAGAGUUUCUAGACACUCCAUUUGUGUACUGCCUCACUGCAGACCUGUUUAAAAAAAAAAACGUUUGUGGACCAGAUCCAUUUUGAAUAGUACUGCUAGUACUGCUGUAAAGCACUUUGUUGUUGCUUUUCAUAUUCAUCUUUGAAUUUCCAGAACCUGCAAUAUUACAUGUGAUGACUGAUUGAAUGAUUAAUAUAAGACAGAUGGUGUUUAUCCUUAACACUGACAGUGUUUGUUUUUUAAUUGAAAUUUCUUGAAAUGUUAUAAAACCACAUGAGUAGUAUAUCCUUAGUAUAUAUAUGCAUAUGUUGGUUUAUGUGCUUAUUUUGUAAAAAUAAAAGGAAGUUGCCAAACUCCAAAGAGAAGACUGAUUCUUGUAUAGCCAUGGUAACAAUUAGUCAUCAGAACCAAUUUCAAAUCUGCUUACUCAAUAAAUGACAGUUCUUUAGCAUUCAUUUUAAGUCAGUGUAAUAAAUCAACAACAGCUUCCCUUAGUGAACAAGAUUUUGCAAGCCUCUGCAAGUCCACCAGCCACUGAACGCCACACUUCCUCGCAAGCUCUAUGUAAGAUUAGCAAUGUGCUCUACUCAGAGGACUAUGCCUGACCAGCAUGGCUCUCCCUGAAGUAAGAAUUAUUAUUUAGCUUUGUGUUUUUUGCUUUAUUUCAUAUAUUGAGUGGGAAAUAUCUCAUCUUUUGACACUUGGAAACAAAUUAUUGGUAAAUUAAUUUUUUAGUAGGCUUCAUGUUUUUAUUCAAGUAAUUAUCAUCUGUUAUCUGAGUACAACCCUGUGACUUCUAUGACAUUCUCAAGUAAAAAUAAUAAUAGGGGCUCCUCUUAAGAGUUUGCAAAUGCAAUUCACAUAUUUAGGUAAACUUCAAGUCCUUUUUUUUAAAAAAAACUGUUUAUACUAGGCCUUUAAACUAUUGUGACUGUAAUAAAUUAAGUGGUCCAGUUCAGACAAGGAAAUGAUUAUUGGUAGUGAAGCCUCAGUAGAAUGCCUUCUCAAUAAAACAGACUCUAAAAUAGAAACAUCUUUCAAAAUAUACAGUGCAGUGAAAAUGUUGUUUUUAGACCAGGGAAAUGACAGUAGUAUUUAACAAGCAGAUUCUGAUAACAAAUAACAAUUGUAUCUAAACAUGCUAAUGCUAAGAAACACAUUUUUUUGUAAGUCACAGUAAAUUCUUGGAAGUUUCAUGUACCUUUACUGAGUAGGAACUACUGAAGCUGUAAUUCAGUUUGUCAAAGCAGCAAAUUUUCCUUUAAUUAUUGGCAUAAUAUAUUUUUUUCUGGACCAUUUCAUUCAAAAUUUAAAAUCUCUAUACUCUUUGCUUUUGUAAAUAAAAAGGAAAUAAUGAGUAUAGCUUAAUUUUUUUCUGACUUAAAAGUAAAAAAAUAAAUUUUAAGAAACAUUUACCUGUGAAAUGAAGUAAUUCAAAAAUGUCUGCUAAGUGACAUCCUUUAUGAUUGUGAUUAAAAUAAUAUAUGCAGAAUGCAGUGUUAUUUUAGUUAAGAUAAUUUAUAUGUUGAUUUGGAUAAUAGAAAAACACUCUCCAGGGUUCAUAAUUAAUCUGUUCAUCCAUUCCAAAAGUAUUUUUAGCACCUCUGUUUACCAUGUGUUGUGCUCAACAUGGGAACAGUAGGAGUGCGUAGAAAGUGCCUAUAUUUUGGGGACUUACAUAGUGUUACGGUAAAGACUAAUAGUGAAUAGGCAAUUAUUACGAGUAUUAUAAAUUUGACUAAAAAGUUGAGUAUGGUAUAAUCCACUAUAUAAGUACAAUGAAAAAGAUGUGAUUAAAUUGUUAUAGGAGCACAGAGGAAGUACACCCAAUCCAGACUAGGAAUAAGGGAGAUUUUCAGGGCUGGCCUUUUUGAGCAAAUGAACCUCAGCUGAGUCUUAACAAAUGAGUAGGUGUCAGUUGAUAAGACUGGGAGUUGGUAAAGGGCAUUUCAAAAUGAGAAGAUAGCCUGAACAGAGGCAGAGAGGUAUGAAAUAGCAUGAAGUGUGUGGAGAAUUACGUGCGGUCAUGUUUUCCUCUACACAACAUAAGGUGGGGUUUACCAUCUUAUUUCACAAAUCCACACGAGUUAAGUUUGGUAAAUACACACACAUUCUCUGUCAACUUUCAGAUAUAGCUCUAAAAUUAAUCAGAAACUGCUAUAAAAUAUAUUUUGUAUCAUUUAAAAUCUUCUAACUGAAUUGUAAAGAGUACAAACUAAGGUUAUUUUAAAGAAGAAUGAGUCUAAUAGCACUAUUGCUGCCUGUAGUAAGUACUGCAUCAGUAACUAUAUAGCAUUGAGUUUACUUUAGAGGUGCUUUCAAUCAAAGUGCCAUUUGGAAUUCUUUCUACUUAGUACUCUUCUGAUUAAUAUUUAGUAUAAAAGUCACUCUUUGCCUGUAAAGACCUUUCUGAGGAUAAUACAGUAUGAGUUAAUACAGUAUUCUGCAUAAUAGUAUUUCAUCUUGAUAGUACAUGCUAAAAUGUCAGAUUAUAAAUGCAAAGAAGUCUGAAAAAAGAAAAUAAAGUGGGCUGACUUCACAUAGUAGUACCUUUAUGCUUUUGCUGUAAGGCCUCUUUUCUGUCAUUGUGAAUUGUUGUGUUUACAUGUAAAAGUACAUUAUUUUUUGUUGUGUAUUUCCUACAGUGAACCAGUAAAACCUAUCUUCUUCUGUUUGAAGUAUUUUUUUCUUCAGAACUUCCUAUUUUGUUGGUUGAUGUGACUUUACUGGCUCUUAGAGGAACAAUAAAAAUGGCCUCAACUUCCUGUCUGCCUCAGUGUCAUAAUGUGCCAGGGUAUGAUAGAAACAAACUUCCGUGGACCAUCUCUUUUUUUCUGGUGUUUUUAAUCUCUUAAUAUAUUGGGGAAGGAGGAGUAUCAUCUUUUUUUCUUCCUAGGAGUCAGAAUCUUAGAUACAUUAAAAAAAAUUCUGGGUUAGAGUUUAGGUGGAGUUACACUUGCACUCAUUAUUAAUAUGCAGUCUUUAUAAGUCUCACAGUCAGUUCUUAUUAGGAUGUUAUCUCUUUUUUUUUUAACGUCUUUAUUGAAUUUGUUACAGUAAUGCUUCUGUUUUUUAUGUUUUGGUUUUUUGGUCGCAAGGCAUGUGGGAUCUUAACUGGCCAACCAAGGAUCGAACCUGCACCCCCUGCAUUGGAAGGCAAAGUCUUAACCACUGGAUCUCCAGGGAAGUCCCUCGGCUAAGUUCUAUAGAGUGAGUGUCUUAGGUCUCAGCUAACUGGACAAUGGCAGUUGAGUAGGUUUUGAAAAAUGUCUGAAGUUUAGUGGACUGCAUCUACCUUCUCCCCAUCUACCUUUUCCCCGUCCUUUACAAAAGAAUAAAUGGAAUGUUUGAGAAGAGAGCUGUAUUAAAAGAAGCGUGUUACAAAUGGCUUCAGAAUCUGUAAAUGCAAAACAAGCUAGGAAUCGCUUCACAAAGGGGAAGAGGCAACAGCACCAGCAAGUAAAGAACAGAUCUUCCCUUGGUGAUGGUGAUGGAGAAGACUCCUUUAUCUUUGAAGCAAAUGAAGCUUGGAAAGAUUUUCAUGGUUCUCUUCUUCAGUUUUAUGAAAAUGGAGAACUCUGUGAUAUCACAUUGAAGGUUGGCUCAAAGCUAAUCUCUUGUCACAAACUGGUAUUGGCUUGUGUUAUUCCCUACUUCAGAGCUAUGUUUCUCUCUGAAAUGGCUGAAGCCAAGCAAACACUGAUUGAGAUCAGAGAUUUUGAUGGUGAUGCAAUAGAAGACUUGGUAAAGUUUGUCUAUUCUUCACGACUCACUUUGACUGUUGACAAUGUCCAGCCUCUCUUAUAUGCAGCCUGUAUUCUACAGGUUGAACUGGUGGCUAGAGCUUGUUGUGAAUACAUGAAGUUACAUUUUCAUCCCUCCAAUUGUCUGGCAGUAAGAGCCUUUGCAGAAAGUCACAAUCGAAUAGACUUAAUGGACAUGGCGGAUCAGUAUGCCUGUGAGCAUUUUCCUGAAGUGGUGGAGUGUGAAGACUUUGUAAGUGUGUCACCCCAGCAUCUCCAUAAGCUUUUGUCCUCCAGUGAUCUAAAUAUUGAGAAUGAAAAGCAGGUCUAUAGUGCAGCCAUCAAGUGGCUUCUUGCCAAUCCUCAGCAUCAUUCCAAAUGGUUGGAUGAAACACUUGCACAGGUUCGUUUGCCGCUGUUGCCGGUUGAUUUUCUUAUGGGUGUUGUGGCAAAAGAACAGAUUGUCAAACAAAAUCUAAAAUGUAGAGAUUUAUUGGAUGAAGCAAGAAAUUACUACCUUCACUUGAGUAGCAGAGCAGUACCUGACUUUGAAUACUCCAUUCGGACUACCCCAAGGAAACAUACUGCUGGUGUGCUAUUUUGUGUAGGUGGUCGAGGUGGAUCGGGUGACCCCUUUCGCAGUAUCGAAUGCUAUUCUAUCAACAAAAACAGUUGGUUCUUUGGACCAGAAAUGAACAGUCGAAGGCGACAUGUGGGUGUAAUCUCAGUGGAAGGUAAAGUGUAUGCAGUGGGUGGACAUGAUGGAAAUGAACAUUUAGGUAGUAUGGAGAUGUUUGAUCCUCUCAAUAAUAAAUGGAUGAUGAAGGCAUCAAUGAACACAAAGAGGCGAGGAAUUGCCUUGGCCUCCUUGGGAGGCCCAAUUUAUGCAAUUGGAGGGUUAGAUGACAACACUUGCUUCAACGAUGUUGAGAGAUAUGACAUAGAAUCUGAUCAGUGGAGUACAGUGGCACCAAUGAAUACUCCCCGUGGAGGAGUUGGGUCUGUGGCUCUUGUGAACCAUGUUUAUGCAGUAGGUGGCAAUGAUGGAGUAGCUUCUCUGUCUAGUGUGGAGAGGUAUGAUCCACAUCUCGAUAAAUGGAUAGAAGUUAAAGAAAUGGGUCAGCGAAGAGCAGGCAAUGGAGUUAGUGAGCUCCAUGGUUGCUUAUAUGUUGUUGGUGGUUUUGAUGAUAAUUCUCCUCUGAGUUCAGUUGAGCGGUAUGAUCCUCGAAGCAACAAGUGGGAUUAUGUAGCAGCCCUUACCACUCCCAGGGGUGGAGUGGGGAUCGCAACAGUGAUGGGCAAAAUCUUUGCAGUUGGUGGUCAUAAUGGCAAUGCAUACUUAAAUACAGUAGAAGCAUUUGAUCCAGUGCUGAAUAGGUGGGAGCUUGUUGGAUCUGUGUCUCACUGCAGAGCUGGAGCAGGUGUAGCUGUGUGUGCCUGUUUAACUAGCCAAAUUCGAGAUGUAGGUCAUGGAUCCAGUAAUGUGGUUGACUGUAUGUGACUUGAACUCCAGCCACCAACAAUUUAAUAACAUCUGAUAGGCAAGAAAGACUACCAGUAUUUUGUAAUGGCCACCUUUGAACAAUUUUAACUACUACUAGAGUCUCAUUUAAAUGUAAACUGUUGUAUUGUGACUAAGUGCAACUUUUGAAAUGGUAGCUGAAACUCCUAGUAAUAAAGUUCAUACUUCCCACUUCAACAAAUAAUGAAGUAGGGAAGGAAGACACUCUAACCUGAAACCAUCUCUCCUCCAAAAAAAAUGUGUUUAAAGGAGUGCCAAAACCUUGAAAUUCCUUUUUUUAAAAAGUGUGUAUGAAUCAGAAUGUAAAAUGAAGUCAUUUGCUAAGCGUUACCUUUUGCCUAAAGGUGUUAACCUUAGGCAGUGGAUUUUUCCUAGAGGGGAGAUUGGAACCUAUUCAUCAACACAAGGAUAUCAGGACACAUAACAGACCUGCUCCAUUUGAAGAUCUUUUCUACUUGGUGCUGAUGAAUUUAUGCCUUGCUUUUUCUAGGUGUUGAGUUUUCAAUUCCUUGGCUAUUACAGAAAUAGGAAAAAUGUUUCAUCUUUCUGAGUGCCCUUUAUUUGUGUUUUCAGAAGCUUAUAGGAAUGCUGUGGGAAGCCCUUAAUUUCAGUUUGAAUUGUUAGGACACCAAAAGAUCUAACUGAACUAAUUCCCUCUGAACGAAUCUGCAGUUUUAUUUUUUCAUUGCAUGCCGAAAGGAUUUGUUUCAUAAUCAGAAAUUGAACCAGAGGGGAUAUUAGAGGAGAAGGCUUUAAAGUCGACAUUAUUCUAGUGCCCAUUUGAGAGCCUUGAGAGGGAAUGGUGUCCAUUACAUGACUCCCUAAUGAGGAGACUCCAAAAAUAUGUUUAACAUUCUUCUUUGAUUUAGUCAUUUCAUUUUGAACCCAAGAUUUAUUAUCUUUCUAUUUUGUUAUUUGCCACCAUCAUAGUUUUUCUAAACUGUACAGAGUCUGGAUUUAUUUAUUUUCAGUAAAUGAAUGCAUUUUUACAAAAACCCUUUAUAGAUUGUAGUUGAACUGUUGAAUACUUCAAGUCCAUCAUUACCAAUAAAAGAUAUUGUAAAAACAGAAAGAUUGAAACUGUUUUUCCUGUUAUAUUUAAUUCUCUCCAGUAUAUUUAUUGAACUUUAAUUGAAAAUAUUUCUUUAGAUUACUUUAAAGCCCAGGAUAUUGAUAUAUCUACUGAUCUAACAGUUCUUCAUGGUUUUAGCAGCAUUAUAAAGUGGCUUAUUUGUUAUAUGUGUUAUAUAUUUUUAUAAAUAUUUAUGAAGAAUAUUAAAAUACUAUAUUUUGUAUUUGCAGUGCAAGUUUGGUACCUCUCUUUUAGGCCUUCCUAAAUUUUCCUUUAGUCAUGCCUUAGAAUUUAGUAUAGUUUACUGCUGUCAGUCAUCUUGUUCACAAGGAAGCUGGGGCAGUGAAGAACACUACUCCAUCUGUCCAGCCCUGAAGCUCAUUGCCUAGUAGCUGUGAUGGUCCUUAUUAAAUGGCAACCUAGGCUUGUCAGUACAGUAAGGCAGAAGGCCACAUUCCAAAAGCCAGUGCCUUGGAUAUAUUAGAUCAAAAAAAUAAGAAGAAAAAAUUGUAAGUGGGCUCAGCUAGCAGAUAAAGGUCUAUCGUGAAGCAGAUUUAAAUGUCCCAGUUUUUUGCUUUCAGCCUGUGGGCAAGUCCAUAAGUCAUUGCUGGAUCUGAACCAGUGUUCUCUUGUACAAUUGUAACCGUAUUUCAGUCAAUCCCAAAAGCAUUUAACUCCGUAGCACUCAGUGGACUGGCUACAACUGGCUGGAUGUGGAGAAUAAGGCUCAAAACCUGGCUUCAGCUAUUUCUUAUGUCUAAUGGAGUUCUUGUAUUAUAAUGCUUGUCUAGGUAUGGUUACUGGUGUGUUACAUGUAUUUUUGUGGGGGAGGGGAUCUUGUAUUCUUUCUAAGAUUAUUUAAAAUGUUUUUUUCUUUAACAUAUUUCUGCCUUUGUCAUGUGUAUAGCAUUUAGGAACAUGAAGGUGUUACAUUUCCAUUACUGGUUUUAUCUAUACAGUAGUCAUCUAACAUUACUAAGUUGGUACCCUAGCUACCCAUAAAAUAUGAACUACUCAUAAGGGAAGUAAAGUGAAGUAAAUGGAACAUGUGGCUGGCUGUUACAUCAUGUGUGGGUAGUCAGAAGCACAGCCUUGAAGGACCUGACAAUGGUAUGAAAAGAUUAAUAGUAGAGUCAAUAUGCACCGUCUCUUUAUUAGAAACAUAUUCUUUGAGAUAUGAAAUGUGAAUCAGGCUGAAGGAAUCAUGCAACUGAAAGGUGAUUAUAUUCACAGGAACAGAAGGAUGAAAUAUUCAAAGAAGAUGGCUACUUAAUUGUGAGGCCUGUCCCUUUAACCUCAGAUGUUAAGAUCACCUACCAAAAAGACAUAAAGUAGAGCUAAAAUUCUAAAUUAUAAAUGGAAAAAAGAAAAAGUAAAAAUUUGCAUAUUUCUUUGAAAAGUAUUUCUAGUUGCUUCUGUGUGAUUCUCCCGAAUAGUUAUUAAAGCCACUGCUUUUACUGUGUUGUACUGCCACUUUAAAAACAAAUUACUUGAUACUGUUUUUGACUAAUUUCACUAUAUUCUGUGUAACUAAUUUAUUUUUAAAUGUUUGAAUAAACUGUGUACUCUAAGGAGUA